AAUGUCACUUGAAGGCAACAGAGUUUUCCUGUCCUCCCGUUGACGGAGUGACUUUAAAUGACCGUUAUGUCAUUAUAUCUUAUAUAACUAUACUGACCCUGUGAUCCGGUAACGAUAGCAUCUUCUUAAGUUUACCCCGGAGCUUCAAAUGGGGGAGGUGAGAAAGCUGCACAAGAAGUUGAGACAGAUUGAGAAUCUGGAAAUAAAAAUCAGUCUUACCUCAGAGGAGAGAUUCAAGAUCUCCAGGAAGGCGGAGCUGCGUUCCAGAUUGGCUGAGCUUCAGCUGCAGCUUUCUGGCCCGCAGCAAACUCUGGGGAUUGUGGGAGACGGAAAAAAGGAGAAGAUGAAAAGACAAGUGGAGGAUGCCCCCGAGGCCCUUCCAUCACAAACGCCUCCAGCCUCCAAGAUCCUUAAGGGAGAAGAGGAGUCCAAAACUCGAGAAAAGCCGGCGCCGGCUGCCAGGCAGAGGGAGACAGGAAGGGCAGCAGAGACUGGCGGAUGGCAGGAGAGGACGAAGCCCAUUGAGAUGUCAGAUCACUGCCCGAACGCGUCAGGAGGCAGGCCGGACCAGGACAACGAGCGGCUAAGGCAACAAGAAGAAGCAGAAUUUACAUCCCUCCAGUCGUCCUGGGAGAAGGCGAGGUUCCGCUUGAGGCUGCUGGAGGGCCACAAUGACAUCGUCACCUGUGUGGUUGCUGUUGACAACCUGGUUGUUUCUGGAAGCCGAGAUACAACAGUGAAGGUGUGGCAUGUUCCCACAGCAACGGAGCACAAGAACCUGGGGGGUCACACUGGUGGGGUCACCUGUCUGUCUGCUCCUCCCCCUGAGUACUGUAGGAGGCUGGCCUGGUCCCUGUCUCUGUCGGACAAGGAGAGAUUUAUUCUGAGCGGCUCUGCAGACUGCUACGUGAAGAUCUGGGCCCUGAGCAUUGGGCAGUGUGUGAAGUCGAUCUACACCUUUAACGCUGUGACUGCGCUCUGCUUUGUGCCAGAAGAGGACGGCUACAUUAUCACUGGGUCAGACGGGGGGAAAGUUCAAGCCUGGAGCUGGCACACUUUCCAGAACUGCCAGUCAAUCAACGCACACCAGGAAGCAGUCACCUCCAUCCAGUCUCAGGGUCCGCUGGUGUUCAGUGGCUCAGCCGAAGGAGGGGUGUCUGUGUGGGAGAACCGGUGUUGUGAUCAAGACCCCCUAAGGCUGCUGCAUCACUGGAGCGGACAGGUGACGGGGUGCGGAGGGGACCCGGGGGGGCGCCUGACCCUCAGCCCACGAGGAGACCGUGUGUUCCUGGCCCACGGUCGAGCGUGGCUCAAGAUCCUGCAUUGGAGGAGUGGAACCAUGUCCAGACUGACCAAUCACAGCAGCAUCACCGGGGUAACAGAUUGUGUUCACCAGGCAGGAGGCCUCCUAAUUGGCUCCUGCUAUGAUGUGGCGAAUGGAGAGAGCUCGCUGAACAUGUUCUCAUUGCCUCAGUGUCGCUACCUGGCCUCUCUGACCUGGCCUUGCGCUCCCAGAAUCCUCUGCUUUGCAGCAUGGACCACAGGGAGCGGUGACCACCGGUGGGUCACUGGAGGUCGAGACCUCAUCGUAUGGGAGCAGCUCCCCAGCUGUGGGAAGCAAAGGGGUGACGUCACAGUGAGGAGAGACAGUCGACUGGAGUCCUGCUCACUGGAAUCAGAGGGGGACACAGAAGAUGACGAGGAGACUGAUGAUUACGAAGAAGACAACGAUGAAGAAAGAGACAGUGGCUGUGAUGUUACAGAGGACGAAGGGUCUGGCUCGUGGCUGCGCUGCGUUCUUCAGUGAGAGACAGUUUCUCACACCAUGGACACCACAGCCUCCAGCCAGGAGGAGGAGAAGGGAGGGAGGGGUGAUGGCGAAGGAGGGUGCAGGGGAGCGAAGUGUGACAGUGUCAGAGAGAGAGCAUAUGGAUGGAGAAAGUGUGAGAGUGCGUUUUUGUGUGUGUGUGUGAGCAGAUAGUUUUCCAUGUAAAUAUUAUCUCCAUGUAUAAUAAAGCUGUCACAGUGUGUUUCAUGCCUCCAAA